GCAGAAAAUUGAACACAAGAAUGGCAGGAUCAGGAACUGUUUUCACUUCUGCUUUGGAAGGGACGAACCAUGUUAAAUCCGAAACGGGAGAGAUGCUCACCAAGCCUUUCUUGGAUGUAUGCAAACACUUGCUGCCCGUUUUAGAUAAGUUUGGAGCUGCCUUUGCGCCUGUGAAAUCUGAUAUUGGUAACAACAUAUCGAGAUUGGAUUCUAAGUAUUCGUCGAACCCGUCAGAAUUCAACCUCUUGUACAGUCUAGUCCAGGUUGAGAUUGAAGCCAAAAAUGCAAAAUCCUCAUCCAGUUGCACAAAUGCUCUACUCUGGCUAACAAGGGCCAUGGACUACUUGGUGGAGCUGUUCCGGAAUCUGCAUGAUAAUCCAGACUGGCCAAUGUCCAAGGCUUGUUCCGAGGCCUACGGCAAGACCUUGAAAAAAUGGCAUAACUGGCUAGCUAGCUCAAGUUUUAGUGUUGGAAUUAAGCUUGCACCAGAUAGGAAGAAAUUUAUGGACAUAUUAGGUGGUGAAACACCUGAUUUGAAUUCUGACAUUGGUAAAUUCUGCACAAACUUCUCUCCACUGCUCCAAGAGAAUCAUAAGUUCUUGGACUCUGUUGGAAUGGACAAUGUGAAAGCUUGAUACAUCUAAAUGCUUGUUCAUUACAAGUUGUAUGUGUAUUUUAAUAUACCAAAAAAUAUAUAUAUAUAUAUAUAUAAUUCCAUUGGUUUUCUGUAAGCAUUGUUUGAUUUGCUACUAAAUACAGUUUCAUUUUCUUUACCACUUGCCUCAAUUGUAUAAAUCAGUCCUCAAAAACAGAGAGAGAAAGAAAUUACAAGUUUAA